AACAGCUGAUGGUUGAGCCGGAGGAGGGCAGUGCGGAUAGGGGAGAUCACAACAAUCAGGCAUCAUGAGAUUUUUGUCCAGUCUCCUUUUGGCAGCUCUUAUAGUCGAACAGGUUUUAGGUGAAUAUGGCAUGGCUCAUUUCAGCGAUUGGGGGAACAUUAACGGCAAAGAUUACUGCAUAUUCUUCAACUCUCAAUGGGCUCGACUACCUCAGGACCUCAGUAAAGCCACACGGCUGCUGACCUAUGAUCUGACCAGUUCAGUGCUGUGCUCACCUUCUGAUGUACCUGAGGGUGGCUUCCCAAACAGCAUCCCAAUGGUGAUGAGAGGAAAUUGUACUUUCUAUGAAAAAGUCAGACUGGCCCAGAUCAAUGGUGCCAAGGGACUUCUGAUUGUCAGCAAAGACAGACUGACUCCACCCUCAGGCAACAAGUCCCAGUAUGAGGAGAUUGGCAUCCCAGUGGCCUUGCUGAGCUAUAAAGAUAUGCUUGAUAUCAGUAAGACAUUUGGGGAGAAAAGGCAGGUGGCCAUGUAUGCGCCCAACGAACCGGUGGUGGACUACAACAUGGUGCUGAUCUUCCUGAUGGCAGUGGGCACGGUGGCUAUAGGAGGAUACUGGGCUGGCAGCAGGGACAUUAAAAAACGCUACAUGAAGCACAAGAGGGACGAUGGUGCUGAGAAACAAGACGAGGAGAUCGUUGACGUCACCCCCAUCAUGAUUUGUGUGUUUGUGGUCAUGUGCUGCUCCAUGCUGGUGCUCCUGUAUUUCUUCUAUGAUCAACUGGUGUAUAUGACUAUAGCUACAUUCUGUCUGGCGUCUGCAGUCAGCCUGUACAGCUGUCUUUGGCCCUUUGUCCGAAGAAUACCAUUUGGGAAAUGCAGGAUUCCUGAAAAUAAUCUUCCAUACUGUCACAAGCGGCCACAGGUGCGCAUGUUGAUCCUUUCGGCCUUCUGUAUAGGAGUCAGCAUAACUUGGGGAGUGUUCCGCAAUGAAGACCAAUGGGCAUGGAUACUUCAGGAUGCAUUAGGCAUCGCGUUCUGUCUCUACAUGCUAAAAACAAUCCGGCUGCCCACUUUCAAGGCCUGCACUCUUCUGCUAGUCGUGCUUUUCGUUUAUGAUGUGUUUUUUGUUUUCAUAACACCACUUCUGACUAAGAGUGGGGAAAGUAUAAUGGUAGAGGUGGCGGCUGGUCCCUCUGAUUCCUCUUCCCAUGAGAAGCUUCCUAUGGUGCUGAAAGUGCCCAGGUUAAAUUCAUCUCCUCUAGUCCUGUGUGACCGGCCCUUUUCUCUCCUUGGCUUUGGUGAUAUCUUGGUACCAGGUCUGCUGGUAGCUUACUGUCACAGAUUUGAUAUCCUCAUGCAGACUUCUCAAAUAUAUUUCCUGGCCUGCACUAUCGGCUACGGCAUUGGUCUUCUCAUCACAUUUGUGGCUCUGACUCUGAUGCAGAUGGGUCAGCCUGCCCUCUUAUACCUGGUGCCUUGCACACUCCUCACCAGCCUUGCAGUGGCACUGUGGCGCAAGGAGCUGCCGUUGUUCUGGACGGGAAGUGGAUUUGUGCCUCCUCCUAUAGUCAUGGAACAAAUCAACUGUACUCAAACCCCGGGACCGUCCACAGAUGAACCCCCAUCCAAUCCAGAGCCGGCAGCCUCUGAAUCCACUAAUCAGUGUGAGGAUCCAAUUCCAGCAGCCCAAGAGGAAGUUCCACAUCUUACAGAUGCAUCUAAUACAUAAACACUUGAAGGAUUUCUUCUAUUUUCUUUUUUUUUUGAAAGUCAGUUAUAUAUCUGACUGUAUAUGUAAUAGACUUGAGAAGUUUGAACAUCUCAGUGCACUUGUUUUAAGCCUUUAAAAUUGUUUUCAAACGGAAGAAAACUAAGAGGAAACACAACAUCGGCUGUGCUUCAUCCAGCUUGUUCAUGUUUGAUGGUGUUAUGAGGGCAAUUGAUAGACCGCUUUUAAGGAAAUCCGCUCUGUGUAUAUUAUAUUUUUUGUAAAUCAGCUGUCAGUAAAUAAAACAAAGAGCAGCUAGACAUUUGAAAUCAAAUGUCGAGAAAAUUCAAGACAAUUUUCUAUUUGGCUUCUAGUUGAUAAUGCAUUACUGAUUGGUUUUGUCUGUAUCGCAGCACUGAAGUAUUACUUCCUUUAAAAAAAUGGUGCUAAUAAGGACCGACUGAACCAAAGGCAUCGGGAAUAAUUCAUUCGCUUCAUCCUCUUUUCUGAGAUGCAGUAUGAAUGGUGUGGUUGAUGGUUUGUAGGUUGCAAGGCCACAUGAUUUAGUAAAAACUUCCUUAUGGCUUUGGAAUGUGAUUUCAGCUUUAGUUGCAUUGGACUAGAUCAUAUUCUCAUGGCUUACUGAACGUGCUGUAUUUAGAUUGUGCCGUUGAAUUGAUGGAAGGGACAUUUGAGACCUCAAAACAAAGCGAAACUGAAGAGCGAACAUCUUUUUAAGUGCAGUUUUUAAGCAUACUUUAUUGUCCUUCAGUUGACAGUUUUAUAGUAGACAUUUUGUAUUUGUGGUACUGUUUUUCUUUUUUGGUUUUCAGUGUAAAGCACUGCUAUGUUGUAUGAUUUAAUCAAUUCAUCCAAUUUAUUUAAAAUGUUUAAUCAGGAAAUCAGUUUGACACAGUGUUUUACUUUUUUUGGGGGGACACUGGGUUUACGUGGAAUGACUUUGGAGGAACUGUAAUGUUUAUUAAUACUCCUGCAGUCUGGAGGUCGUGUGUUGUAGAUCUUCAGUUGUGUAUGCUGAAGCUCUCGAUUAGAGAUCGACAUAUGCUGUAAAAGUGUGAUUUUUUUUUUUUUUCUGGAAAAGUUGUUGCAAAGUGCACAUAUUAAAGGAUUAAUGCAUUAUGUUA